GGUCACCCCUACGUCCUACUGGACAGUAUCCCGGGUUCUGGCUCACAGUCGGAAGCUCUUGUGAAAUCACCUGGAUCUGGGACUCCCUCCUGUACACAGCCCUGCAGCCUGACAUGUGUUCACCCUGUACUGCAUACCUGUCUAUUUGACCUUUGACCUUCAGGGCUCUCUUCACAUGUCUUACGCCUGAUGUGUAGGAGAGGUGCAGCAUGCUCUCAAGGGGGAGAGGGAGCCGUUUUUUUAGAUUGGUUUCAGGCAGAACAUUUUUAACAGCGAGAUGGAGAUGUCCCUGUGGAUUUGUGUUUGUGUUUUUGUGUUUUAUGGAGAAGGCCAAGCCUUGCGCUGUACCUUUAAGACCAGACGAAGAGCAUCCUUUCCUGCGCUGUCCUGGAGCUGGAUGAUUCACGCUUCCUGUCAGCUUUAGAAAUCAGCAGCUCAAAUCUUUGACUUCAGUGUGUGGAUCUGUCAUGCUUUGUUUGUUGAGAAACUCGGGGUGUUUUCCCUCUGGUCUCCGGUCCUCUCCUCUCUCUGUCCCUGUGCAGCUGUGAUCCUUGAGGCUCUGCUCUCCUGUGUUCUUCAUGUUGUCUCUCUCCCGUGUGUCUUACCUGGAGUAGGCUGCAGGAACAGGCACCGUAGGCUUCCCCUGGGUGCAGCUACCUCCCGAAUACCGUGGGUGUGGCUUACGAAACAAAGCCUCGAGCGGGAACUACUACUUCAUCCCCUACGUGAUGACCCCCAGCAACGAGUACAUGUGCUGCGAGAGCGACGCCCAGCGGCGGGCGUCUGAGUACAUGCAGCCCAGCUGGGACAGCCUGCUGGGGCCGCUGUGCGUGCCGCUGAUGGAGAGGUUCAUCAGCCUGCUCAAGGACAUCCACGUCACGUCCUGCGCGUCGUUCAAGGACACCCUCCUGAACGACAUCCGCAAGGCCCGAGACAAGUACCAGGGGGAGGAGCUGGCCAAGGAGCUCUCCCGCAUCAAGCUGCGCAUUGACAACACGGAGGUUCUGACGCAGGACAUCGUCAUGAACCUGCUCUUCUCCUACAGGGACAUCCAGGACUACGACGCCAUGGUGAAGCUGGUGGAGACCCUGGAGAUGCUGCCCACCUGUGACCUGGCCAACCAGCCCAUGAUCCAGUUCCACUAUGCAUUCGCUCUCAACAGGAGGAACAGCCCCGGGGACCGAGAGCAGGCUCUCAGGGUGAUGCUGCAGGUGCUGCAGUCCUGCGAUCACCCGGCGCCGGACAUGUUCUGCCUGUGCGGGCGGAUCUACAAGGACAUCUUCCUGGACAGCGACUGCAAGGACACCAAGAACCGGGACAACGCCAUCCAGUGGUACCGGAAGGGAUUCGAGCUUCAGCCUACCUUGUACUCGGGCAUCAACCUGGCCGUCUUACUGAUUGUUGCUGGACAGCAGUUUGAGAGCUCCAUUGAGCUGCGGAAAAUAGGUGUGCGGCUGAACAGCCUUCUGGGCCGUAAGGGCAGCCUGGAGAAGAUGAACAACUACUGGGACGUGGGGCAGUUCUUCACCGUCAGCAUGCUGGCCAACGACAUCCCCAAGGCUGUGCAGGCCGCUGAGAAGCUCUUCAAACUGAAGCCUCCCGUCUGGUACCUGCGCUCGGUGGUUCAGAACCUGCAGCUCAUCCAGCGGUUCAAGAAACAGAACCUGGAGCACUCGCCCCAGAGAGAGAGGCUCAACUUCUGGAUGGACAUCAUCGUGGAGGCCACACGAGAGACCACCAACGGCCUGCGCUUCCCGGUGCUGAUCCUGGAGCCCACCAAGAUCUACCAGCCCUCGUAUGUCUGCAUCAACAGCGAGGCGGAGGAGAAGAACGUCUCCAUCUGGCACGUCUCCCCCGCGGACACGAAAGGAAUCCACGAGUGGAAUUUCACAGCCGCGUCGAUCAAGGGGAUCAGCAUUUCCAAGUUCGACGAGCGCUGCUGCUUCCUGUAUGUGCACGACAACUCAGACGACUUCCAGAUCUACUUCUCCACGGAGGACCAGUGCGGCAGGUUCUGCUCCAUGGUGAAGGAGGUCAUCUCCGACGGAUCUGGGAACGCGGUGGAGCUGGAGGGCGAGGCGGACGGAGACACCCUGGAGUACGAGUACGACUACAACGAGAACGGGGACAGGGUGGUCCUGGGCCGCGGCACCUACGGAGUGGUGUACGCUGGGAGGGACCUGAGCAACCAGGUGCGCAUCGCAAUCAAGGAGAUACCUGAGAGAGACAGCAGAUACUCACAGCCCCUCCACGAGGAAAUCGCCCUGCACAAGUACCUGAAGCACAGGAACAUCGUGCAGUACCUGGGUUCGGUGUCCGAGGACGGCUACAUCAAGAUCUUCAUGGAGCAGGUCCCUGGAGGAAGCCUGUCCGCCCUGCUGCGCUCCAAGUGGGGGCCCCUGAAGGAGGCGACCAUAAUAUUCUACACCCGGCAGAUCCUGGAGGGGCUGCGCUAUCUCCACGAGAACCAGAUCGUCCAUCGCGACAUCAAGGGGGACAAUGUGCUUGUGAACACGUACAGCGGGGUGCUGAAGAUCUCCGAUUUCGGGACCUCCAAGCGACUGGCUGGAGUGAACCCCUGCACCGAGACCUUCACUGGCACGCUGCAGUACAUGGCCCCCGAGAUCAUCGACAAGGGUCCCCGGGGGUACGGAGCCCCGGCCGAUAUCUGGUCUUUGGGCUGCACCAUCAUCGAGAUGGCCACGGGCAAACCGCCCUUCCACGAGCUGGGUGAGCCACAGGCUGCCAUGUUCAAGGUGGGGAUGUUUAAGAUCCAUCCAGAGAUCCCAGAGUCCCUCUCGGUCGAAGCCAAGUCUUUCAUCCUGCGCUGCUUCGAACCCGACCCCAACAAGCGGGCCACGGCCACCGACUUGCUCAAGGACUCCUUUGUGCGGCACAACGUCAAGGGCAAGAAGAACAAGAUCGCCUUCAAACCCUCAGUGUGGCAAGACUACAUCCGCAGCGUGUCGCUGCCCGUGCAGAUGCAGGGGGAGAGCGCGGGCGGCGGCAGCAGCAGCAGCGAGCACGGCUCCGUCUCGCCCGACUGCGACGCCAAGCACGACGUCUUCUUCGAGAAGAAGAAGCGCUCCAGCUCCGAGAACCUCAUCAAGCCGCCCAGCUCCAACUUCCUCAGCGUCCCGGACGAGAGCUCCGUGUCCGAAGACCGCAGUGCCCCUCCCUCCCCGGAGGACCGGGAUGCGGGGCUGUUCCUGCUGAAGAAGGACAGCGAACGGCGGGCCAUCCUGUACAAGGUCCUGAAUGAAGACCAGGACAAGGUGGUCUCCAACCUCAUGGAGAACCACAUCCAGGGCAGCGAGGAGCUGAAGCUGUCGAUCGAUCACAUCAAGCAGAUCAUCUGCAUCCUGCGCGACUUCAUCCGCUCUCCAGAGCGCCGCGUCAUGGCGACCACGAUAUCCAAGCUCAAGCUGGACCUGGACUUCGACAGCACCUCCAUCAACCAGAUCCAGCUGGUGCUCUUUGGCUUCCAGGACGCGGUUAACAAGGUCCUGAGAAACCAUCACAUCAAGCCCCACUGGAUGUUCGCUAUGGACAACAUCAUCCGCAGGGCCGUCCAGGCCGCCGUCACCAUCCUCAUCCCAGAGCUGCAGACGCACUUCGGGCCAGCGUCAGAGAGCGAGGGCGUGGACAAGGACGCCGACGAGGUGGAUGUGGAGGACGGGGAGUUUGCGGGGGAGGAACCUGUGGCCCCUGAGGACCAGGGUCUCACCUCGGGCGUCAGCACCCUCAGCUCCGUGCUGUCGCAUGAAUCCCAGCGCCCACAGCACCCCCUGGGUUCACAGCUGGGGAGACUCAAACAGGACACCAACAGGCUGCUGGAGGAUCUGGUCCAGAAGGAGAAGGAGUACCAGCAGGUCCUGAGACAGUCACUCCAGCAGAGAGCACACGACCUGGAGCUCAUCAGGGUCAGAUCCAGGCCCAUAGACAUCCCCACCCCCUCCAUAUUUCACAUCCCGGCGGAUCUGCAGGGGGACAAGGAGCUGACGGACUGGCUGAAGGAGCAGGGAGCCGACACUGACACCAUAGAGAAGUUUGUCGUGGAGGACUACACACUCAACGACGUUCUCAACGACGUGACGAAGGAGGACCUGCGUUCCCUGAGGCUACGGGGCGGCGUGCUGUGCAGAAUCUGGCGGGCAAUCCAGAAGCACCGCAGCAAGGACCAGAGGAGGCAGCAGAGGGCAUCAGAGAGCAUGGAGGCCUGACGGGCGUCUCUGGACAAGAGGGACGACCACAGCGACACGCUAACCUGACGAGCCCCAGCACACUUGCUCCAGUCCUGUUUUCUUUCUGUGGAGGAACGGGCUGCGCCCACCCCAGUGCCUUCCUUCCCCUUCCCCUUUCCUCGUGGUGCUGGGCUGUGCCCACUUUGUCCUCUGGUCCCCGUUUUCCUCACUGUAGUACUGCCCACACACCGCUGUGCUGGCCCUCUCUCCUGGCCUUGGAAAGCUGCAGUCCACAGGCUCCCUAAGGAACUGCAACUCCUGCUGCAAGAAAAGACUUGGAAGCGGCCCUGGAUGAUCCCAGCCAUUAGGAGCUCGGGUAGAGGAAGUACUGUUGGCAGCAGAGAGCGUGACUGCAGGAAGCUGGUGGCCCUGCAUGCUGGUUCGCCAGAGCCACAGCCCACCGGACUCCAGUCCUCAGCCCUCGUGCUCACAAGAGGCUCACUGGGAAGCUCCACUAGCUGUUGGCUUAUUAGAGCAGCUCUUCGCCAAAGGUAUUCUUAAGGUGCUGGCGAUGUCAAAUUCUCCAUUGGAGCUGCUGAACUGUGGCCUUUCAACUCCCAACAAUGGACAGCCCCCCCAUGUAGCCCCUGCACAAAGGGGAAGGAUGCUAGUUAAUUCAGAAGAUUCUGAACUACAUUUCAAAGCCAAAGUACUCCCAAAGUGGGGCGUCAGUCUCGCUUGGGUGAAUGUGAGUGGAGCAGGAUGUCUGUGAAAUUUCUAAGUAGUGAUGCCUUCCUUGCGUUCACUGUUAAUGAACUUGUGAUAUAUGUAACAGAUGUGCAGAAAAUGGCAUGUUAAAUCUGACAAUUGUCAUCGAUUCAGUCGCCCUCAAAAAGGGAACCAAGCAGUCCAUGUGAGCAGGACCAGGAGGCCCUGCUGCCUUGCAGGGCCAGAUCCCUGAAAGUGAAGAUGAGAGGCUGUGGUCCCUCCUGCUGGGCCUGUAAGCCUGUCUGGACAGUUAAUCCCCUUCACACCUGAGGCUGCACCUGUGUGAUACAUGCCUCCAGGCAUGGUGCCACCUACUGGAAGACCAAAGCAUAUACAAACCACUCAGAAUGCUGCAAAUGUGCCUUAACUUGAUUACAUGUAUCUUUGUAAUUCGGCUACCAUUUUUGUGCCUUGAAAAGACAAGUCAAGCUAUUGGCUUGGAAUGUGUAAACUGCUUAUUGCCGUUAAAUAUUCCAAUUCACCCACUUCUCAGAGACCCCAAGUAACGGAUUAUGCAAAAGUUUAGUUGCAGGUUAUAAGAAUAUUGUACAUUAUCCAUGUGUGACAUUUGAACUAGUUUGUGAAUAUCAAAUGCAGAACAGUGCUGACUGAAUUGCACCUGUAAACCAUCACUAAGCAUGCACAUAAAGCAAUGAAGUGGGCAUGUUUAGAGUUGUGUGAACUAUAUUGAUCGCAGGAAUAAAGUCACAUUUUCAGCAACAAGUUUAA